GGGAAAACAGCCAGUGGGUGGGCUGGGCUGUGGUCCUGCUCUGCUCUCGGCUCUCUGACAUCUAAAAUCACUCAGAUACAUUCAUUUAAAUGAAACAUACGGACACAAAGCCGCUCUCAGAAUGAGUUAGACGCCGUACUCUGUGCGUGCCAGUGCACUGAAACAUGGGUCCUUGCAGUGUCCACGUACUUCUGCUCGUCUUGCUGCAGGCUCUGCUCACAUCAGCUGAGGGCCCAGAUGGACAGUUGGUGUGUCUUUGUGAAGGCCCGAAAUGCCCCCAGUCCACCCAGUGCCAAGGCACCCACUGUUUCUCUUCGGUCCACGUCACCGGCGGUGGGUUUGUGUUUGAGCGCGGUUGUCUGGAGGGGUCGGAGAGCAGCCGUCUGCAGUGCUGCACGUCGCCGUCUGUCCACCAGGCCAUCGUCUGCUGCUCCCAGGACCGCUGCAACUUCAACACCAACCACAGCUUUCUGUUGUCUCUUCUACCGUCAGCACCGGAAGGCGAGCCGUUCCGGUAUCGUGUGGAGACGUUAGCGCUCUUUGUCCUGGGCCCUGUGGUGGUCCUGGCCGUGCUUUCGGUGGUGUCAAUUCUGGCCUGCAGGAGGCUCCAUCACAGCCGUCUGCAGCGACUGCAGGAGUUCGACACCGAGCAGGGAACCAUAGACGGCCUCAUCACCUCCAACGUGGGAGACAGCACUUUAGCGGACCUGUUGGAUCACUCCUGUACGUCAGGCAGCGGCUCAGGUCUUCCCUUCCUCGUCCAGAGAACUGUGGCCAGGCAAAUAAGUCUGAUAGAGUGUGUGGGAAAAGGAAGAUACGGGGAGGUGUGGCGAGGCCAGUGGCAGGGGGAGAACGUGGCCGUGAAGAUCUUCUCUUCCAGAGAUGAGAAGUCGUGGUUCAGAGAGACGGAAAUCUACAACACGGUGCUGCUGAGGCAUGAAAAUGUACUGGGGUUCAUGGCGUCGGACAUGACGUCCCGGAACUCCAGCACUCAGCUGUGGCUCAUCACACACUACCACGAAAACGGCUCGCUGUACGACUACCUGCAGCGGGUCGCCGUGGAGACGUCCGAGGGCCUGGCCAUGGCGGCGUCCAUAGCGUGCGGCCUGGUGCACCUGCACACCGAGAUCUUCGGCACGGAGGGGAAACCGGCCAUCGCUCACCGGGACCUGAAGAGCAAAAACAUCCUGGUGACCAAGGAGCUGCGCUGCUGCAUCGCAGACCUCGGGCUGGCCGUGACACACUCCCAGGCAGACAACCUGCUCGACGUGGGCAACAAUCCCAAAGUUGGCACCAAGCGCUACAUGGCCCCCGAAGUGCUGGAUGAAACCAUCCAGACAGACUGCUUCGAUGCUUAUAAGCGAGUGGACAUAUGGGCCUUUGGACUGGUGCUGUGGGAGAUAGCGAGGCGCACGUACAGCAACGGAAUUGUGGAAGACUACAAGCCUCCGUUUUACGAUCAGGUGCCAAACGACCCCAGCUUCGAGGACAUGAGGAAAGUGGUGUGUGUGGAGCAGCAGAGGCCGUUUAUUCCCAACCGCUGGUUCUCUGAUCCUACUCUCUCUGCUCUGGUGAAGCUGAUGAAGGAGUGUUGGUACCAGAAUCCGUCUGCCAGGCUCACGGCGCUGCGCAUCAAGAAGACCCUGGACAAAAUCCACAGCUCUCUGGAGAAGGGCAAGGAGUCGUGAGGGGGGGGGGCGUGGGGCGUCUGGAGAGGCAGCUGCCCGACGUCAGGGAUCGGCUUCGACGAGAGCCCGCCGUUUGUCAAAGCCAGACCGGGCCUCUGGGGAGACGGAGGGAGAACUAGAGGGAAGAGUUGCUCAAGUGUCAUCCCGUCUCAUCCUCCUUCCACUGACAUCCCUCCGUCUGAAUAAACCAGCUUUUCACAGUGGGACAGCGUGCUUCCCACCAAACUGAACCCUGGACCGUUACCGAGUGUGAAUGGACGGCGUAUCGUAGUACCCCACCCCGACGCUUUAAUGCCCGUUUAAAGACCGCCCCGGGUCCGAACACUACAGCCCCAGUGUCUCCUGCCAUUCGAGUUCCGUGUUCUCCAGCCGGUGUUUCCUGGCAUUCUGCUCAGAGACAAUCAGAAGCAUUUCACUCCUUCAGCUUUAUUCUAACAUGCCAACCAUCACCACCAACACACCGUAUCUUCACCGACGACAGGAAAAGAGCCAAUCGAAACAACUGUUUUUAAACGUUUUUGGAAAAAGAAGAAAAAAAAGUAAAGUAUUUAUGUAUCGACUUCACUGCUAAACACUACUGAGGAUGUGUAAGAGUCAUGUUUGGUGUGUGUGUGUGUGAGGAACAGACUGUAUACAUAUAUAGACAUUUACUCUUACUGGUCUUUCUGUCCCUUCAAUGUCAUGAAUGGAUCCAAUAAGAAAUAAUGGAAGAGCAGGAAAUACGUUCCUGAACUUGUUUGAUGGUGAUAAAGUAGGAAAAGACUACACAUGUUUGUGUGUCUCUCCGAGGCAACACAAUGUACCUGAUCGUAGGAGUUAGGCUGAAUCGUUACGAAGUUCUCCUCUCUGCUUGGCAUCUUCCUUAAACUCACUGUGGCCGUUCUGAAAGUCUUCUGGCCAAGCAGAAAGGAAUCAAGGAAGACUUGUUUGUGGUCAUUUUUGUUUCAUUUGUUUUUUUUAAGAUACCGAGAGGCAGAAACGUUCCUGUCGCGAGAACGGCCUCCAGUUUCUCUUCCAGUCUGAAGUCACACCACAGAACCAGUUA